AUGACUGGGGUGAGCAUUGCCAGUUAUUAUAAGUCUCUGAUCAUGGUGCUACUAGCGCUCCUCGUCCGCGUCAGCCUGGCUGCCUCGCCGGCGACGGCCGCGGCCGGCCGGGCAGAGGAGGUGCACCUGGUGCCCGCGUUGUACGUGUUCGGCGACUCGACCGUGGACGUGGGCAACAACCAGUACCUGCCGGGGAACUCCGCGCUGCAGCUCCCCUACGGCAUCGACUUCCCGCACUCUCGGCCCACCGGACGGUUCAGCAACGGCUACAACGUCGCCGACUUCGUCGCGAAACUGUUGGGUUUCAAGAGGAGCCCGCCGGCUUACCUGUCCCUGACGCCGAGAACGAGCCGUCAGAUCUUGAGAGGCCUCCGCGGCGUCAACUACGCGUCCGGAAGGUCCGGCAUCCUCGACACCACGGGGAACACCAUCACGUUGACGAAGCAAAUCGAGUACUUCGCGGCCACCAAGUCCAAGAUGGUGGCGCACAGCGGCGGGCAGGGCUCGUCGUCCGUGGACGAGCUGCUGUCCAAGUCCCUCUUCCUCAUCAGCGACGGCAGCAACGACAUGUUCGCGUUCCUGCAGCGGAACGGGACGGCGAGCGAGGUGCCGUCCCUGUACGCGGACCUGCUGUCCAACUACACGCGGCACGUGCGGGCGCUCCACGACCUCGGGGCGCGGCGGUUCGGGAUCGUGGACGUGCCGCCGCUCGGGUGCGUGCCGUCGGUGCGGGCCACCUCCCCCGACGGCGCGUCCAGGUGCGUCGACGGCGCCAACGCGCUGGCGAGGGGCUUCAACGACGCGUUCAGGGCGGCGCUGGCCAACCUCACGGCCUCGGGCGCGCUGCCGGGGGCGCGCUACUCCGUGGGGAGCUCCUACAGCGUGGUCUCCUACUUCACGGCGCACCCGGGCGCCGCCGGGUUCAGGGAGGUGGCCAGCGCGUGCUGCGGCGGCGGGCGGCUCAACGCGCAGACCCGGUGCACGCCCAACGCCACCUACUGCUCCCACCGCGGCGAGUACCUGUUCUGGGACGGGGUGCACGGCACGCAGGCCACAUCCAAGAAGGGCGCCGUGGCUAUCUUCUCCGCGCCGCCGCAGAUGGGGUUCGCCGCGCCCAUCAACUUCAAGCAGCUGGUGUCUUCUUGA